UCCCUCUCCCUCUCCUCCCGCUUAAAGCCAUGAAAUAACAAUCUCUUCACCUCUCUCUCUCUCUCUCUCUUUCUCCCUCGACGAAGACGAACAAAGAGAAGUCUACCCUCUGUAGACCUCUCUGAAUUCAUCAUCCCCCGUCUUUAAUUACAUCACAUGUCAUCAUCGUCACCACAUACCAUUCGAAUGCUCAGGAUGGCCAUUUCCCGCGUCUUUCCUCACGUUCUCCUCGCCUUCUUGGUCUUGGCCCCGACAUUCUCGUCGGCGGUCGUCUACCUCCGCUCGGACUAUUACCUGAAAACGUGUCCCGAUUUCAACAAGAUCGUGCGGGAGACCGUCACGACCAAACAGCUCCAACAGCCGACGACCGCCGCCGGGACCCUCCGUCUCUUCUUCCACGACUGCUUCCUCGAAGGUUGCGAUGCCUCCGUCAUGGUGGCGACGAACUCGUUCAACUCGGCGGAACGUGACGACGAACUGAACGAAUCCCUCCCAGGGGACGCCUUCGACAUCGUCACCCGAAUCAAGACGGCCCUUGAGCUCUCAUGCCCGGGGGUCGUCUCGUGCGCUGACAUCCUCGCCCAGGCUACACGUGACCUCGUCACCAUGGUCGGAGGCCCAUACUUCGACGUCAAGCUUGGUCGGAAAGACGGAUUGGAGUCCAGAGCCCACAAGGUACGAGGAAACCUGCCGAUGCCGAACCAGACGGUCGACCAGAUGUUCGGAAUGUUCGCGAAGAACGGUUUCACCCUCCGGGAGAUGGUCGCGUUGAGCGGCGCUCACACCAUCGGAUUCUCCCACUGCAAGGAGUUCAGCGACCGACUCUUCGGGUCGCGUUCCGACAAGGAGAUCAACCCUCGUUUCGCGGCGGCGCUAAAGGAUCUGUGCAAGAAUUACACAGUGGACGACACGAUAGCGGCAUUCAACGACGUAAUGACGCCGGGGAAAUUCGACAAUAUGUACUACAAGAAUCUGAGGAGAGGGUUGGGGUUGUUGGCGUCGGACCAUGUGCUGUUCAAGGACAAUAGAACGAGGAAGUUCGUGGAACUGUACGCGGCAAAUCAGACAGCCUUCUUCAACGAUUUCGCUCGUGCCAUGGAGAAACUCGGGUCUGUCGGCGUCAAGGGCGACGGAGAAGGAGAGGUGAGGCGUAGGUGCGAUCACUUCAACAAUCUUAACGUAUGAUAAUAAAAGAAACGUCUUGCGGAGUGAAGAAGAAGGCGUGGUUGUUUGUUUGUUUUUUUUAAAGCUAUGUAUGUAUCAUAAGUGCGUCUGGGGUGGGAUUUAAAUUUUUUUUUUCCUAUGAAAAUGCGAUCAUUGUUAUAUGAAGGUACUAUAGAUAUUAUAUUA